AUGCGACUGUGGCUUCUUGUCCAGUCGGCGGUGGCGGCUCUCCCGUUUGUUGGGACGGCUGUUGCCAAGCCGGAGAAGAUUCGUGGUGUUCGCGAUCCCAUCUACCACUUGUACCUACAGGCGCACCCUAGGAACGCCUCCCAGGUAGUGCUCGGCCCCGAGGCGACGGCGGGACAGUUCGACAUCGCGGGCACGAUCCGGUCGGCCACCACGGCCAGGUACCUCAACAUCGGGACCGACUCGACGUCGUACAAGACGCUCACGUUCGACAACUCCUCGCGCACCGACGCGUGGGGCCUCGAGGGCGACACCAUCAUCACCCGGCAGGGGAGCAGUCUGGGGAGGAACUUGAACUUUGUAGUGUGUCGCCUCGAGGGUAGCUACUGGCAGAUCUGGCUGCAGACCGGGAGCGCGAUGCCGAGUGGAAGCAGUUGCAGCAACUACCAGACAAUCCAUCUGCCCUGCCUUUGUUAGGGGUAGAUGGCAAGAGGGGGAGGUCGGGAUUGUGCAUGUGAUGGUG